AUGUCUUCCAAGGUUCUACAGGUUGGAGUCAUUGGCGGUGGCGACGUUGCACAAAUCGUGCACCUUCCAACGUUCAUGUUCUUGUCCAGCCUCUUCAAGGUCGUCACCAUUUGCGACAUUUCACAAAAGACGGCUCAUCAUUGUCGUGACAAAUUCAAGAUUCCUCGCGCGACCACAAACCCGGAUGACAUCUUCAAUGACCCAGCCAUUGAUGUUGUCGUCAUCCUGACAUCUGACGAGUAUCACGCCCCGUACACGAUUGCUGCGUUGAAGGUCGGGAAGAACGUCUUGCUCGAGAAGCCCAUGACGCUUAGCCUACAAGCUGGCGAGGAGAUUAUCGAUGCUGAGACGAAUGCCCCCAACAAUGCCCGCGUCUUCGUGGGUUACAUGCGACGUUACGCUCCAAGUCUCCAAGCCUUCAAACGCGAGAUUGCAUCCAUUGACAAGAUCAAGUACGCUCGUGUCAGGGAUAUCAUCGGCCCCAAUGCUUAUUUCAUCGGGCAGUCGGGGGCAUAUUCGCAGAAAUACUACGAUGACAUACCAAUGGAGGCGUCAGAGGACAGAAAGUCGCGACUGGCAGUCCUGCUAGGUCAGGCAUGGGGACAAGAGCCAGAAUCGCUUUCAGCCGCGCAGAUGGACUACUGCUGUCUCCUGGGCAGUCUCGGAAGCCAUGGUCUCAGCUUGAUGAGGGACGUUUUGGGUGGUCUCCCAGAAUCAGUGCUUGCAUCGACGGACAACGCGCGCUGGUACACGACAAUGUUCGAAUACCGGAAUGGCACCGCCCCUGACGACCGUUUCACGUGUGUCUACGAGAUGGGCAUCGACUCUGUACCAAGAUUUGACUCUCAAGUCGCUGUCUACGGGGAGAACAAAUCAGUCACAAUUUGUUACGAUACACCAUUCGUUAAGGGUCUCGGAAUCACAGUGGAGAUUGACGAGCUGAACGAGCACGGGGAAAAGUCCCACAGAUCUCUUCAAACCUCCUACGAGGAUGCAUACACUGCUGAGUUGAAAGAGUGGUACGAAACUGUAGUUCAUGGCAAAGAAGUCAAGACGUCGGCCAAGGACGCUCUAAAUGACUUGAGGCUGUUUAGGAUGAUGAUGGAUAAAUACCCCGAUCACAAAAAGAUCAAGGAUUCAUCUAACAACACGCCCUUCUUACCUAGUGGCCCUUAG